AUGCCGACUGCGAGCCAGCAGCCGCUCCACAUCGUGUACGCCCUUGUUGUGGUGUACGCCCUCUGCUACCAGCUCCAGUCGCCGAUCGAGCCGUUCCUGGUCGCUCAGCUGUCCGAGGCCAACGCCGACGCCGCUGCCGAGUACGCGAGCCUUCGCACCUUCUUCAACUGUGUGCAGACCGUCGGCUCGUUUCUGGUCGGCUACAGCGCCGACGUGAUUGGGCUGCGCGCCUUGUUUGCCCUCAACUUUGUCGCGUGCGCUGCGUCCUACGGGCUGCUCUGGCAGGCGAGCAGCAUGGCCGGGCUCUACGCGUCCAAGGUGCCCACGCUCUUCAUGGCGGGCUUCCUGUGCGCACAGACCGCCGCCGCCAAGCUGACGCCGGCCGGGCCGGCACGAGCGGGCGCGCUUGGCCGCCUGACCACCGCCUACACUCUCGGCGGCGUGGUCGGGCCCGCGGUGGGUGGCAGGAUCGGCAACGAGGUGGCCGCGCCGCUUGCGGUGGCGGGCUCGCUGCUGGCGGCGUUGCUG